GUUGGGUGGUGCUUGGGCGCGUGAGCUGAGCCGGUGGGUGAGCUGAGGCCGUGGCAGACUUGGGCUGUGGGCGCGACGCGGAAAGAUCUGAUUAUCAUGGACCUGCGACAGUUUCUUAUGUGCCUGUCCCUGUGCACAGUCUUUGCCUUGAGCAAGCCCACAGAAAAGAAGGACCGUGUACACCAUGAGCCUCAGCUCAGUGAUAAGGUUCACAAUGAUGCUCAGAGUUUCGAUUAUGACCAUGAUGCCUUCUUGGGUGCUGAAGAAGCAAAGACCUUUGAUCAGCUGACACCAGAAGAAAGCAAGGAAAGACUUGGAAAGAUUGUAAGUAAAAUAGAUGGCGACAAGGACGGGUUUGUCACUGUGGAUGAGCUCAAAGACUGGAUUAAAUUUGCACAAAAGCGCUGGAUUUACGAGGAUGUAGAACGACAGUGGAAGGGGCAUGACCUCAAUGAGGACGGCCUCGUUUCCUGGGAGGAAUAUAAAAAUGCCACCUACGGCUACGUUUUAGAUGAUCCAGACCCUGAUGAUGGAUUUAACUAUAAACAAAUGAUGGUUAGAGAUGAGCGGAGGUUUAAAAUGGCAGACAAGGAUGGAGAUCUUAUUGCCACAAAGGAGGAGUUUACAGCCUUCCUGCACCCUGAGGAGUAUGACUACAUGAAAGAUAUAGUAGUCCAGGAAACAAUGGAAGAUAUAGAUAAGAACGCUGAUGGCUUCAUUGAUCUAGAAGAGUACAUAGGUGACAUGUAUAGCCAUGAUGGAAAUGCUGAUGAGCCAGAAUGGGUCAAAACAGAACGAGAACAAUUUGUUGAAUUUCGAGAUAAGAACCGUGAUGGAAAGAUGGACAAGGAAGAAACUAAAGACUGGAUUCUCCCCUCAGACUAUGAUCAUGCAGAAGCAGAAGCCCGCCACCUAGUCUAUGAAUCAGACCAAAACAAGGAUGGCAAGCUUACCAAGGAGGAGAUUGUUGACAAGUAUGAUUUAUUUGUGGGCAGUCAGGCCACAGAUUUUGGUGAAGCCUUAGUACGACACGAUGAAUUUUGAGCUGUAGGCAGAAGAAAGCGACAUUUCUUCAAAAGUAAUUUAUUUUUACAGCUUCUGGUUUCACAUGAAAUUUGUUUGCGCUACUGAGACUUCUUACAAACUUUUUAAGACAUGAAAAGGCGUAACGAAACCAUCCGUCCUGCUACUCCUCCUCUCUUGAGGGGCUGGAGGGAAAUCGAGCUUCUGAGGAACAACUCUCAUUAGUACACUUGUGUUUGUAGAUUUACAUUUCGUAUUAUGUAUAACAUGGUGUGUUUAUUUUUGUAUUUUUUCUCUGGUUGGAAGUAUGAUAUGAGGAUCAAGAUCCUCAAUUCACACUUGUAGGCAAACAUUAGCCCUUCACUCUUUCUCAUUCAACCUUUACCAUGUAAUUUUUAUAAUUCUGACUAACUUUUUAAACCUGAGCUCAACAAGUAAUGCUCAGGAAAGAGAAAUAGGAAGAAUAUACCCCACCAUUUAUAUUUAGAGAGAGAACAAUUAGUCUUGUCUCUUGAAAGUUAUUUUCCACAAGUAGUAGAGGCCACAUAUUCCAACAUAUUCAAUUCAUUUGCUAUGGGUUCAGCAACUGAUCCUGGCAUUAUCUGGGCAAUGACAGAUUCCUGUGCUGUAAGAAAGUUUGGCUCAACCAUUUCAUUCAUCUUCCUCCCCCCAACCCCCUACACAUGCACACCCCAACCCCCCAUCCUGUAGGACUAGCUGUUUGCUAAUUUUGUCAGGCACAGCUGUGUUGGGAAGAGUGAGGGCCAGUGUCUUGAAAAUCAAUCACGAAGUGAGUGUGAUCUCUUUACUGAGCUAUACAUAGAAACAGCUGGAAAACUAAAGGAAAAAUAGAAGUGUUUUCAGGACACACACUUUUUUCUGGGUGUGCAUCUGUUGAAGUGCUCAAGACUGUCUUGCUUGUUGAGUCACUGGAAGUGCCCCAUCCAGCUCCUGUUUCCCCCGCCCAGAAGCUCCGGGGAAUUAUUUUUGCUUUCACUGCAGCUAAAAUGUAUCAUUUCUAGUCAUGUCAUUGGAAGUGCCUUUAGCAAGAGAGAUGAUCAGUGAAUGAGAUUCUCCUGAGAAACCUUAUGAGAAACCUUUGGAUCAUCUUGUAUCAGAACUUAGACCUUCCCAAUGUGGUGGGGCUUGUUCCUUCCCUUUCUCUUUCAGACAGUGGUUAAAUAGCAGUAUUAGUUAGGAGCUUGGUUGCAGUGUUCUUAUCUUGUGGGCUGGUUUCCAAAAACCACAUGCUGCUGAAUUUACCAGGAAUCCUCAUACCUCAGAAUGCUAACCACUUACUGUCAGGCCUGUUUCUGUCAGCUGAAGAGCUUGAGCUCAGGCUCAAAGACAGCUGGGCCUGCGGGAGGGCUCUUUGGUUUGAGGACCUUUGCUCACCGUUCCUGCUUUUGACCCAUCACUCCCUAUUUCCCCAUCUCCCCCCCCCCACCUUCACCCUUCUUCACUGUCUCCCCUCCCCCCAAAAAAAGUUUUAUCAUGGAUGAAUAAAUUGUCAAUUCUUAACAAAGAGAAGGAAGGAUAUUGUAGAAAGAACUGAAGUAACCUCCCCUGUUCCCAACUCUACCCAUAUUUUGAGUAACACACACUGUCUGUCUGGCUCCUUUCUUACAGAUUGCCCUCUUCUGACAUGAAUUAUUGUAUUCCAAGUUUUUAGCCCUCAGGUUAUUAAGAUAAAUAUAUGUAUAUCUAAUCUAAUCUUUAUUAUUUCAUAUAUCUUUCUGAAUAAUACAUUCAGGUGGUGCUGGGUGAUUAUUAUAAUCUGAACCUAGGUAUACCCUUUGGUCUUCCAUAGUCAUGUUGAGGUGGGCUACUCAGCCUGAUAAAAAGCCAGAUAUCAUGAACCUACACCCCAGCCUUGCAUUGAGCUCUUGAGAAUGGAGACACUUUUUUUUAAAUAAGUUUAACCACAGUAUAAGGUAAUGGAACUUCUCUGACCUCCAGAUUAUUGUUAAGAGCAGAGAUGAUUAACUUGGCACCAACCUUGACUUAGAAGGGUAGAUCAUGACUGUGAUAAGAGCCUCACAGCUCACUAAGUGCAGAGAAACCAGGCCUUAUGUUAAACUCACACUGUUAGAGAGCAAAACUUCACCUGUUAAGACAGCAGUCACUGCAUGCUGGUUGCUCAGUCAGUGUUGUGCUCUAAUCUCUAAUGGUCCCCCUGGAUGGGUUGGUUGGGUUUUUUUUGGUUAAAAUCAAGCUUGAGGCUGAUGAACAGUAGAGGUACAGCCCCCAGUGUGUUCUGUAAUUACGAGCUCUCUCGAAUUUGGAUAUUGGUUAUUUUUUAUAGAGUGUAAACCAAGUUUUAUAUUCUACAAUGCAAACAGGUACCUAUCUGUUUCUAAAUAAAACUGUUUACAUUCGUUGUA